AUGCAGUUCUUUGGCUUCUUCUGGCCUGAGAUGCUCAAGUGUGACCAGUUUCCCCAGGAUGAUGUCUGCAUUGCCAUGACAGCUCCCAACGCCACCGAGGUCUCCAGGCCCAAAGGAACAACUGUGUGUCCCCCUUGUGACAAUGAGAUGAAGUCAGAAGCCAUUGUGGAGCACCUGUGUGCCAGCGAGUUUGCUCUGAAGAUGACCAUAAAGGAAGUGAAGAAGGAGAAUGGGGACAAGAUGAUCGUCCCACGGAAGAGGAAGGCGCUGAAGCUGGGGCCCAUCCGGAAGAAGAACCUGAAGAAGCUGGUGCUGUUCCUGAAGAACGGAGCCGACUGCCCCUGCCAUCAGCUGGACAACCUUGGCCACUACUUCCUCAUCAUGGGCCGCCAGGUGAAGACCCAGUACCUGCUGACGGCCAUCUACAAGUGGGACAAGAAGAACAAAGAGUUCAAGAAGUUCAUGAAGAAGAUGAAGUCUCCUGACUGCCCGACGUUUCCAUCCGUCUUCAAGUGA